CUCUACAAAGACAACAACUGUCUUUCCAUUUUCCCUUUUUUAUGAAACUUUAUUCCUUUCCAUUGAAGAAUUGUCAAAAUCUUAUUGUUGUCCUCUCAUAAUCUUCCUCUACGCCUCAGAUCUUCAAUCAAAUACUGUAAUUCCCCUUCUUAACUGAACACUUUGCAAUCAGCAAACCACCACUAUCGCCAAGCUUCGCACCUUAGCUUUCGCUGCAAAUAUUUCAUUAUUACUUCGUUCAUUAAUUUACACUGUCACGUGUUUCUGUUACAUGCGCACCUUCUCCUGGCAUAAGGAAGCAGAGAUCAUUAUAAUGGAUCAAAAACUUCUCGUGGAUGCCAUCACAACUGAAACUUCAGAUUGGACCUGUAAGGUACAGGUAGUAGAUAAGUUCCGACCUCAUGAAAGUAGCGACUCAUUCGUACAUUUUCAGACAAUAAUUAUGCAGGAUGAAAAGGAACAACAAGUUUCUAUAGUACUCUACGGCGAUGGCAUUCCUAAGUACGAGAAGUUGUUUGCCCUUUUUGAGACAUAUUUGGUUUCCUGUACAAAAUUUAGGGACCCCCGAGGAUACUCAAUACGAGCCGGUACGUAUGAGUGGGUGGUUGACAGAUAUAUAAUUGUUGAGAUGAUUAACACUAAUGACGGAUUGGAAGCAGUCUUUCCCACUCCAACAAAAUUGAAUGCACUGUCUUUCUCAGCUAUUGAAUACCAACGCCCGGGUGUUGAAUUUGACUUGUUAGCUAUAGUAGCCAAUUCCAGCGCUAUUCAAUAUACAGCUGACCAAAGUAAGUAUUUCCAGGAAGUGAUCGUCAUGGAUCAGAGUCAUAAACCUUUUCUAUUCACUAUAUGGGGCAAUCUGGCUGACAACAAAGGGGUCACACUGUUACAUCACUUGCAUAAGCAUCCCAUCAUUCUAGCGAAGCGUAUAGGUGUUACUGGGUUCCGUGGUGGUAUGUUCAUUACUUCAUCCUCUGCAGCUCUUUCUUUUGCUUCGUGCUUUUCUAUACUAACCUAAAAAUGUUCCCCACCUUUCACAUACGCAGCUCUAAGAUUAGCAACAAGAUAUCAAUCAAUAAUUUUAACAAAUCCUCAGUAUGUCCAGGCUACUACACUGAUGAACUGGUAUACAGUAGCUUACUCCGCCUUCAUAACGUUGUGGAAAAAUAUUUUUACUGUCGAACUUAAUCUUUUUCAGGGUGAAGCACAACGAACAAAUAUUGCAAUCUUACACUUUGAAAAGCUCAUCGUCAUCCUCCUCCUCGCUGAAUCUUUCACCCAUUGAAGAUCAAAUACUGUCUAUAUCCACCAUUCCUGAGUUACUAUCUAUGGUUAGCUUACUUAACACAAUCACAAACAAAGAUUUACAUAUGCAACAGAAUGCACGUCAAAUAUCUUCAAAGAAAUUUCUAAUCUUGUUUUGCAUUAACGCUGCAGCUACAAACUUUCCCCUUGGAAGCCAGAUUAUCACUUCCCAACCAUCCCCAAUCAUUUUACUUACUUGCCUGCUCACACUGCAAUCACUUUGUACGCCCUAAAAUAAUAAAAGUGGUUCACUGCUUUAACUGUAAGCUACACCGAUAAUUAGUCCCUAGGUUACUACUACAACUACAACAUUACAUACACUCUAUAUUAUGCAGCUUCUCUUUCUUCACUUCUGUAGAAAAAAUUGUAAAAAGCUCUUACUGAUGACAACUGAGAUACGUUUCCCUAAAACGAUAAGUCCAAAACUUUACGCAAGCAUGGUCACUGUACAUCUUCAAAGUUUGCAUUCACUCAUGUACAUGACAAUAGUUUCUUCCUUCUAAUUUUUAUUCUAAAGGAAAAGCUAUACCCAUUCUCCUAUAAUUUACUACCCUUCCACCAAUGUUUUGAAAUUUGAUUAAUCUCUAUUUUCUGUGUGUGAAAUUUAGCGUGAUCGCCCACUAUACUGUGGAGUAGUUUCGACUUGUAUCAUUUUCUAAAUAGAUUAGGUUGACUGCUAUCAGUGUGUUAUGAUGAAAAAAUUUCAUUAACUUAGAGCAGCCUGACUUUUUUUAAACAUAUAUUGAAUUCGGUAUGUUCAAUAUCAGAGACUUCCUUAAAAUAUGUUUUCUAUAAAAUAACGCGGGUCACACAGAAGUACUAAUAGACACUGUUUGAUGUUGUUUGUCAUUGAUCGAAAAACAUUGCACGUCCUACGGCCUUCUCGCUAAUUAAGAGACUGAAAAAUAUUCUAAAUUUGUAAUUGAAGUUCUCAUUACUUCCAACAAUGUUUCAUCCUAUAUAAAAUCUUCACUAUUUGAUUUCCCUGCA